AUGUUGAUGCUAUCCAGAUUAUGCAGCUUUGAAGAAAGACUGAACUAUUUUGGAAGUAUUCACAAUAGACAGUGAAUAUGUAGACUACUUUUUUUUUUCAGAACAAUUUGUAAACAUUUUUUCUCACCAUUAAAUGUCGAUUUCUUAAUUAAUCAGUUUUUGUUCCUCAUUAAAAUUCAUAUUCUCAAUUAUCCGGACCCUCCAAUAUAUGGACUAUUUCGUCUAUUCCCAACGAGUCCAGAUAAUCAGAGUUCCACAAUAUAUCUGUGCCUAUUUGCAUGCUAGGGACUAAUGCUGUGUACCUUGAGCUAUAUGUAGCCUUCAGCCUGAAAAUUGAGUCCUUUUAAAUGCUUUCUCCUCAGUGGCCUUCCACCACGGCUAAAGGCUACAUAUAGUUGUUUGAGACAAUGCAUCAAUUUUGUUGGAAGAAGUAAGGAGCUGAAGGAGUUAAAAGCUUUGGAUAAGAGGGAAAUUCAGGAUGCCACAACAAGUUAUGGAGUUAAUUGCCACUUCAACCCCCUUUUGCACUGUGCAUCAGUGACAUGA